AUGAGGCGCCGCGAAGUGGCGCUAUGCAAGGAAGCCCCCUCUGAAGUACGGGCUGCCAUCCGGAAGAAGUAUGAGGCUAAGGCUGCAGCGGCGGAUCAGCGCCGCCAGGCGACAUCGGAUGCCAUUGCGUCGGUCACCAGUGGCGGAAAGAGGAGCCGCAUUACUGACUACUUGGAGACGGAUGCGGCAGCUGCGAAGCGCGAUGCACACGAGGCGUUGGCGCUGAUGCCCGUGGUGGAGGAGGUCGGUCCCGAUAACGUGGUGGCGUUCUGCACGGACGGUGGGUCCAACUACGCGGUGGCGUGCAACGAGCUGAUCGCGGAAUGGCCGCACAUUCAACACGUGCCAUGCGCCACCCACGUGUUGGACCUCUUCAUGGAGGACGUCGGCAAGAUGACGUGGGCCAAGAAGGUGGUGGACACUGCGGGCGAGAUCAGCUCCUUCGUCCGCAACCACCACUGGACAAGGGGAUACUUGAGGACCCCCGGACUGGUGGGUGAAAAGAUGCUGCAGGCGCUGAAACCGGCUGGAACCAGAUUCGGGACACAGUACAUUGUUGUGUCCCGUCUCUGUGAGCUGCGGCAGUCGCUUGCACAGAUGGUGGUGUCUGAUGUGUGGAAGGGUUGGGCAGUUGGGGAUAGGAAGAAGUCUGCGGAUAAGUUUGCGUCACAAGUUCUUGAUGACGCGUGGUGGCGGACGGCGGAGUUUUUCUCCAAGCUGAUGAAGCUCCCGUUCAUGGCAAUGCGUAAGACCGAUGGGGAUGCCAAGGGGAUGAUGGGCCGGAUGUAUGAUGUGAUGCUGCAGUUGACCGAGGAUGUGGGGACAGUGGUGGAGGAGGAUGAGGAGCAGCUGAGCUACUCCGACAAAGUGAACAUCCGCCGCCUGCUGAAGAACAGGUGGGACGACAGCCUGGCCUGCCCCAUGCACGUUGCGGGCAGAAUUCUCAACCCGGCGAACCAGGAUGAAGACAUCUUCGGCUCAGACGCGGAGUGCACUAGGGUAUUCAAAACGUACAUCACUCAGCACGCCGAGCACCUGUGCAAUUACGGGAAGGAGGGGGAUGAUGGGGAUGACAUUGGCGAGGUUUUGAUGGAACUGCAGGACGGGGUGAGGGCAUUUCUGGAUAUGAAGGGAAGCUUCGGGAUGGGGGAUGCAAUUGCUCAGAGGAACUUGGUCAAGCAAGGCAAGUAUGACAUGGUAAAGUGGUGGCAGUGGCACGGCACUGACGCACCAAAGCUGGCGGCCCUAGCCAUCAGGACUCUCUCUCAGCCCGUGUCGGCUUCACCAUGUGAGAGGGGAUGGUCAACGUGGGAUGGGGUGCACACGGCCCGCCGGAACCGGCUUGGCUCUGCCAAGUGCCGGGAUUUGGUUUUUGUUGCGCACAACUGGAGCGUUGUGCGCAACUGGCAUUCCCGUGCAGAUGUCAUGCCGGGUGUGGUGCUCGGGAACAUCCCGGAGCCUCCCGUGCCCGAGGGCUACAAUGUGAUGGAGGGGGAUGAGGAGGAGGAGGAGGGGGAAGACGACAUUUUGGAGGAUGAGUAUGCGUAG